AUGUUUCGCGGCAAGCUGGUGCUGGUGUUCGGCGACUCGCUCUCCAAGAACUUCGCCGCGUCGCUGCAGUGCAUGCUGCACGCCGCCGACUCUACCGCCGCUAGGUCGUACCGCCUGGCGCAGAAGAAAACCGCCGAAUGGGGCGUCGAGGUACCCCGGCAUCCGUCCGCCAUCUCACUCUCUAUGUGGUGCGGCGUGCGGCCCGGCGUGAGUGCGCAGUUCCCGACGUACAAGAUCCGGUUCGUGUCCGUGUUCUCCAACUGGCUCAACAACGCCACCAGCCUGCCCGACAAGAACGGCAUCGAGCAGCACCGCAUCGACCUGGACGGCCUGGAUCAACGCAUCAAGGACUUGCUGCCCAUCGCUGACAUCGUCAUCUUCCAGGCGACGGCGUGGUGGAUGCCGCCCAUCAACCGAUGGUUCGUGGGCGGCAAGGAGGCGACGAUGAAGGCGACGGCGGCGUACGAGCGCGGACUGACGACGCUGCGGGACUACGUGGCGGGCAGCGGCGGCGGGUUCAAGGGGCGCGCCGUGGUGAUGGGCGUGUCGCCGUCGCACUACGACUUGCCCGUGGCGGGCGUCAAGAAGGGGUCGUGCAAAGUCAACUCCAUGCUCACCAGCGCGCAGGUACGUGAACGCAGGUUGGAAGGGGAGCGCAGGUGGGAGGGGGGAGAGCAGAUGCGAGGGAGAAGCGCGGGUGGGAAGGGAAAGUGCGGGUGGGAGGGGGAAAGUACGGAUGGGAAGGGGAAGUGCGGGUGGGAGGGGGAAGCGCGGGUGGGAAAGGGAAGCGCGGGUGGGAGGGGGAAGUACGGAUGGGAAGGGGAAGCGCGGAUGGGAAGGGGAAGCGCGGGUGGGAGGGGGAAGCACGGGUGGGAGGGUGAAGCGCGGGUGGGAGGGGGAAGCGCGGGCGGGAGGGAGAAGCACAGUGGGAGGGGAGAGAGCGAGGUGGAAGUGCAGGGGAGGGGGGAGCACCUGUGGGAGAGAACACCAAAGAAGAGGGAAGAGGAGAGUGGAGACGGCUCCUCUAGUGAUGUGCGGGCCAUCCAGCAGCGUGUUCUCGGGGGGUCGUCGGUGGUGUACGUGGAUGUGAAGCCCAUGAGCGACUGGCGGCCCGAUGGACACAUCCAAAACUGGAGCGUCAAAGCCGCAGGUGCCAGAUCGACUACCAAGGCAAUGGCUGGCAGCUACCCGCCGAUUCUUCGAAUGCGCUGCGUGGCGCAGACGUAUGAUUGGGGCAUCAAGGGCAGUGGGAGCACGGUUGGUCGUCUUUACGCGCUGGGCACGAGCGGCAGCGCGGAGGCGGCUAAGGACGACGUGCCGUACGCCGAGCUCUGGAUGGGCACGCACCCCAGCGGGCCGUCGCUUGUGCUGCCGUCCGCGCAAUCGGAUGAGGUCGACGCCUCGUGCCCCGCUCUCGUCAAGGCCGACGUCGCAGCGGGCGAGCCGCAGCUGUUGCAGGAGUGGCUCGACGCGCACCCCGAGGCUCUGGGCGCCACGGUGCAGCACAAGUGGCCCGGCCAGCUUCCAUUCCUCUUCAAGGUACUGAGCGUGGCGAAGGCACUGUCGAUCCAGGCGCACCCAGACAAGCGGCUGGCGGAGCGGCUGCACGCGACGCAGCCGAAGAACUACAAGGACGCCAACCACAAGCCCGAGAUGGCGCUCGCCGUCACCAACUUCGAGGCGCUCUGCGGCUUCGUCACCUCGCGGGAACUCCGCGAAAGCAUUCAGUCAGUGCCGGAACUGCGCAUGGCCAUCGGCGAACACACGGCGGACAGCGUGCUGAGAGCCAGCAAGAAUGGAGUCAACGGCGUCAACGGAGCUCAUGAAGCGCAGGAGUGUGCGGAGCGAAGGGCGUUCAAGGACGCGUUCAGAGCGCUGAUGACGCAAGACGGCGCCGUGAUUGAGAAGCACCUCUCGAGCCUCGUGGCGCGGCUGCAGGCCGAAUCCAAGGAGCGCGAGCUGUCGGACAAGGAGCAGCUGGUGCAGCGGCUGGAGCAGCAGUACCCGGGCGACGUGGGCGUGCUCUCCGCCUUCUUCCUCAACCACGUCACUCUGCUGCCCGGCCAGGCCAUCUGCUUGGCGGCCAACGAGCCGCACGCGUACCUGGCGGGCGAGUGCAUCGAGUGCAUGGCGGCGUCUGACAACGUGGUGCGAGCGGGCCUCACACCCAAGUACCGCGACACGGACACGCUCACCUCCAUGCUCACCUACAACCAGGGCCGCCCCCAGCUGCUCAACGGUGACCGCGUCACCCCGCACGUCACUCUCUACACUCCGCCCUUCGAGGAGUUUGAGGUCGAAAAGAUCACAGUGCCCCUCGGGCAGACAGCAGCCCUGCCAGAGAUAUCUGGGCCGUCCAUUCUGCUGGUGUUCCGCGGAUCUGGAGCCAUCUCGGUGGCCCCGGCCAACGGGCUGACCAAGGUGCAUGGGUGCGCGGCAGCGGUGGCUGCGGCGCCGUCAUACGUGCAGGGUGUGCACGUGGGGGACAUCUUCUUUGUGCCCGCGGGUAGCAACAAGCUGCUGGCGUCCGCUGUGGUGGAGACGGACGGGGCACAGAAUGAGGAGGUGCUGGAGAUGUACCGUGCUCGCGUGAAUGCACACAUGUGCUGA